AAUGAUUUAAGAGAGAAUAGCAAAACUCUGAAGAUAAGAUGUUAAUUUGACGUGAUUAUUUGAGGCAGUUAAUGAAUAACGUUAUGCAAAUUUGAGGGAAGUAACAAUUUGCGAGACGGCAAACUGCUAAAAUAUUUAAGAGAAAAAAAGUACAGAUGAAAUGCGAGAGUAUUGAAGCAAAGUAUUCGAGGAGUUAUAGUGGAGAAGGUAGAAUAACAUAUCUCUAUCUGGCUUCGGUCUGAAAAGGACAAGGAACAUUGUUUUGUAAGCUUAGUUUCAAAGAUGUCGUUGGCGACAGAAAUACAAAGACGAGCAUCUCGGGCUUUUACGAAGGUAAUACGUCUGUUAUUAUUGUCAAAUAACAAACCGCUUUUUUAUUUGCAAACAAAAUACAUUGGCUCUUAGUGGUGUUAGUCGAAAUAUAUACUGAAAAGCGUUUAGAAUUUAAGACUAAGCAGACACAGUAUACUGUACUACUCUCAGUGUAUUUAGUAACUAGCUGUUUUAACCGGCAAAUUUAGAUGACAAUUUCAUCAUCACAAGACAGCUCAACAGACAUGAUUGAUCUCUUGUAUAACGAUUUGGUUAUACGAUUAUUUGAGCACUCUAAAUUGGCUAUAAUUGUAUAAGAGUUUGAGUCGUAAUGUACGUAUACAUGUUUUAGGAGAAAAUCGUAUAUAUAAUUUUCCGAUUUGAAAUAACCGGUUCUAGGCAGCUAAACGUAUCUAAUGAUCGUCCUGACUCCCAAACCGGAAAUAUUGAAGAAGCUUUACAUCUGCGGAUGCCGACUUUCUCAAUUAAGCAAGUUUUCUAGAUAUAUUUUUCUGAAAUUGCUCGUGUAAAUUUUCAAUUUGUGGGAGAAUGAAUUGGUCAUAGAAAAUUUGUCAGUUUGGCCGAGUCAUUUGCCUGACCGAAUGAGUUAUAUGCCACAAGAAAAUUAGCUACGUCUGUUUUCUCUAAAUAAUGCAAAGAGUUUUUAAUUUCGGCAUCACUAAUACACAAAAAAACCAACCCGUUUCUAACAGAAAAUGAAUAACCAUGCACAGCCAAAAUUGCCGGUGAACAUGUAUACAGUAUUUCAUUAAUAUGUAAUAAUAUCACUUCGAUGAAUUAAUAUUAAAGUACUACAGAGAUGUAAUAGCCGCAUUUAUAGGAGAUCUGGACGGAGUAAAAACUUUACGACGAACAUCAAAGUUGUCCAGCGGGUCCAUUGAACAAUGGUUGGUGUAUAACCAUGUUUUUAGGUUCUAUUUCAUAUUUCAAAAAUACUGCAAUCCACAAUCAAUCUUAUUAGCCUUGUCCGGUAUUGUUUAUCAUAUCUUAUUUCGACAUGUGAUGGGUUCGAAAAAUAAAUUUCCUAAAUAACAUAUGUUAGAAACAUUUUAGCCAUUACUAAAAAUAUUUGACUAUAUAUAGCCGGUUUUACUCUUCAAUCCAGUUAUUUUACAUUACGAUUAGUAUUUUUAGCGCACAUUUACUCUGUGUGAAUAUAAUCAAAUGCGCUUUACAUCAAGUAUUAUACACCUAAUAACAUACUUAGACUAUUUUUAUCUUUACAACAAAUGUGAUAUUAUUUUCUUAGCUGUGUUUAUCCUAACCCAUCCUGUCAACUUUCCAUGUGGGAGGAAACUGGAGUAGCUAUAGAGAAAACCCACGCCUUUCGGCAGAGCGUUGACUGGCUCUUUUCACUUGAGUCUCUAGUGAGAAUCGAACCCAGAGAUGAAAGGCGCUUGCUCUGACGCCGACUAUAGGCCAGCGAAGUCCUUAUUCCAGAUCAGUCGCCGGGAUUUUAUGAAACCGUUAUGUAAUCUUCAUUACCUAAUGUCUUAUCUCCCCGACUGAAGCCCCAUGUGGCUCAAGCAUGAAAUAGCUUUGCGAAUUAGGAAUCUUUCAUUUCAAAAUAACAUUCUUUCCUCAGCAACACCAACUGAAGAAUUGCUAUAUCCAAAAAAAUUAUUUCUGAAACUUUCCAUGUUUGUCAUAUUACAUCCACCACGCCUGUUUGCCUCUAAGCCUUGUCACCCUCCCCACCCCCACCAACACCCACACCGCCAUUGAAAGCCUCCUGUGUUUGCAGAACUAUACAUGACUGGACUAGCUCAUCUCAUCUCAUUAAUUCAACAGAGGAAUUACUGCUUCAUUCCAGUCGUGUUGUGAUGAUUGGAUAUGACCAUGCCUGUGUUUAUAUGGCUAUAAUAAAUGACGUGUUCACAAUAUCUUCACAAUUCAUUCUCCGAAAAUUUUAGGCUGAUUUAGGUUUUGUUUCAACCUACGACACACCCAAGACACGACCUGUCAUCUUCCUUGGUCCAUCUCUUAAAGGAUAUGAGGUUUGUUGUACUGUUCAGGUAUCAUUCAUGGUCUUUUUAGUAAAAAUAAUUUUCUCAUUUUCCGACUUACAUAUAGUAGUUGAUCAUCAGAAAAAAAUCAAUAGUGAGAUUUCCCAAAAUACAACUCGCACCAUAAGUUCCUCUGCAGGCAUCGACUUUAAAUUGGCGGGCAGAAUUUGGUUGCGGUUGCUAUGUUCCACAUUUCUACACACCUAUUGCUUGUUCAGGACAGCGAUGAACUUUCACAAUAUAAGAUUUUUAAAAUUGGUCUAGUAGAACCAUUGUUAAGGCAGCUGUUCGAAUGGAGUUUAAAGUCCACUAAAGGAUCAUCAUACUUAUUAAUACUCAUCACGACAGCAUGAUGCAUGCAUGGACCCCACUCAAAAACACUAUACCGACGGUGAUGUGGUUACCCUGAUUAAUUAGAAAGAUAAUAAUAACAAUUAAUGCAUGAUUUCAAUGAUCCAUUGCGGGAACCACACUUUAUUUUAAAACAGCAAUAACAUUGAUUUCAAUAACAAGAGGCUUUUUUUCAAUGACGCGUAUUUCCGAUGGAAAGUGUUGAAAACCUAAAAUCCUUUUGGUUUUCCUUCAAAACCUACUGAAAUUCAGACAUAAUUUUCUCUUAAUUUGGUGUGCCAUAUCUAGAAUCUCUUCAUUUUAGCAUUAUUUUACAGAUAAAGCGCUAAACACUAUUUUUAGUUUGUUUGCCGUUAAGAAACGUAUCAAAAAUUAAACAUAUUGAAUGUAAUCAUGCACCCGUUCCGCACGCGUUGUAACCAAUAAUCUAUUGGCGUUGUAAUGCCAUUGUAUGCAAUAAAGUAGUGGACAAAAGUUCUAGUUAUAAAUGUAAUUGGCGUAAGUUGGAGGUUGGCGAGGUGCGGGUUGGGUAAAUACUAAAAAAGGGGUAAAUACUAAAAAAAUGGUAAAUACUACAAAGGUGGGGAUUAGAGGUUAGGGGGUGGGGCGUGGAGGUUAGGGUUAAGGUUUGGAUUAACGUUUGGAUUAAUUGUAGACCCAAUUACAACCCAAUACUUUAUUGCGAAUAAUGGCAUCAUUACAACGCCAAUAGAUUAUUGGUUACAACGUGCGGAACGGUUGAAUCAUGACCAAGUUAUAAACUAUAUUCAUUCAUUUUGACACGUAACAUACAAAAGAUUCUCCUUUUAAUCAUAAUUAGUGUCAAAAUUCAUCUCUUGGAUUAUAAAAUUGCCCACUCAAAAUUAGCUGUGUAAAUAUCAGGAACAAUAGCUGUUUUCGCGACAUCCGAGUCAAAAUCGCCGUUUGUUGGCGCAUGCGUCGAUAAACAUAUAGGGGCAUCCCAUCCAGUUUAUAGAAUGAGCAACUAAAAUAACGAUGGAUAUAUCGAGGGUGUGGUUGCUUGGUGGUUAUUAUUCAUAGAAAGACGAGAAAAUAAAAUCCGUAUAUUUGAAGCCUGAACUGAACCACAUUCUACGUAUAUCAAGAUAGGAUGGCUUGGAAACUAAACAGAAUUUUUUGUGUUUUUUUUCUUCUGAUUUUAUGUUAAUUCAUGCACGGUCACGGUGAUUGAGCUCAUUGUGUUUUCGUAUAAUUGAGUAUUCGUGAAAUAGGGAUAAGCGUGUACCAAGAAUUUGUACAGGGUAUGUUGCUUUGAUGUUUGCCGCGCUUCCAGACUAUCGUAUCUUUGAUCAGUGGUGUUAUGUUAAAUAUAUGAACACGAGCCAACUAAUUUAAGUCUUUAGGAUGAGGUGAAAUAUGGGUUGCACGUUGGUUUUAGUUUCUACUAUAAAGUAUACAAUAUAUAUGUGCUUGUCAAUUAAUAAAUAAAUUGAUGGCACAAUAAAAUCCGGUCUUAUAUACGUAUAAGUGAUAGCCGAUCCAUGUACUCAGUACAAUUUGGGGUCAUAGUUAGGGACAGGCCUGGAUGCCUUGUAAUGGCAUAGUUCCUGGAUGAGCGACGCUUUCACCAGAAUAUAGUUUGUAAUUUAAUUAUAUUAGAUUUCAAGGAGCAGGUAUAUGGAAUUGAUGAAUCUAUAAAAUCUGCAACUCUAAAUUAGUCUGCAUGUGUACAGACGUUACUCUCGACGAAGCGCGCGAGAGAACGUCUGUGAGAUGGAUGAAGAUUCCUUGUUCUGGUCACGUGGAUUUUCCACAGAUUUGUGGAAAUGCCUCUGGUUGGACAGUGCUUUAUUUGAAUAAUAUACUAGAAAAUACAUGCAUGCAGAAACCCUCGCCUUGCUGACAAAACCAUUGUAUUUUCCAAACAUGAAGUAUCCAAAGUUGUUGUCAUGGUAAUAACACGAUAAUUUUUUAAGAAUAUUCUUACAAAUGAAAAAUUGCCUAAAAAUAUCAAUUUUAAUUACAAAAUUAUCAAUUUCCCAACAUAUAUUUGCUAGGUAUGUUAUUAUACGUAAUAUAAGCUUCAAUUUAAGGUAAAAUUCAACCACAAAAGCUUCGCAAAACGUUUUAAAACGUUCUUUAUAAAACUAAAUUGCCUGGCUUUAAUUAAAUGGCUUUAUCGAUAAACUUUGAGUUUGCAACGAAAUGAUUUCAAUUCUCGCAUGCAAAUAACUUUGCUUUCCUUUUAGUAAAAAAAUUCAAUAUAAUAAAAAAGGAAUCAAUAUUAAUAAUACACUGAAUUGACUGAAAUUAUAUGCUGUCUUGUUUAGUUAUUUCAUAUACGCAAAGGGCCAAAGGCCGUCGGGUUUUAAAGCAAUUAUAAAAUCAAUAUUUAACACAAACUUACCUUCGUUAACGUCGGCUCCUUUCUUUUAGCCGAUUCUUUCGCCGUUUCUAUCUUGAAAUUUACAAAAACCUUGCAAAAAUGCGAGUAAAAUUGAAGUAUAUUUGCAAGAAAUUUAUCAAUCAUCAAAUCUGUGAUCAAAUCAAGAAAUGUUUGCUAUUUCGCUGUCGUCAUACAGUCGUUAUGAUGCAAACUUUAAAUUGGACCAAUCAGUGUCCGCUAUUCAUGACAGUCCGCCAUAUUUUUGAGAUCAGUGAGGAUGACCACCCACUCAACACCGUUGGUCACCCACGCCCGCGAUACUUGAUGAACUUUAGACUCCGCUAAUGCUUUCGUUUCUCCGGGUGUAAAUAGCCGGGGGGAAUUAGUACCCUCGCACGGCGCUUCGCGCCGUCGGCUCGGGGAUAAUUUUCCUUUGUUCUCAAGAGACCACAUACAUGGCACGGGAACGGGAAGAUCCUUAUAUCAAUAAUAUAAUAUAUUGUUGCUUCGUUCUUAAGUCAAGAAUUAACUCACGCACUAUAUAUCAACAUAAUUUUGCUUCGUUCUCAUGGGACCAUGCAUGCGUACAUAACACGGGAACGGGAAGAUCCUUAUAUGAAUAAAUAAAUAUAAUAUAUAAUGUUGUUGCUUCGUUCUUAAGAACUAACGCAAUAUAUCAUAUAGCAAUAUACUAGAAAAUACAUGCAUGCAGAAACCCUCGCAUUGCUGACAAAACCGUUGUAUUUUACGAACAUGAAGUAUCUAAAGUAGUUGUCAUGGUAACACGAUAAUUUUUUGAGAAUAUUCUUAAUACAAAUGAAAAAUCGCCUAAAAAUAUCACUUUUAAUUACAAAAUUAUCAAUUUCCCAACAUAUUUAUGUUAGGUAUGUAAUUAUACGUAAUACAAGCUUCAAUUUAAGGUAAAAUUCAACCACAAACAAUUCACAAAACGUUUUAAAGUGUUCUUUAUAAAACUAUAAAACUGCCUUUAACUAUUAAAUGGCUUUAUCGAUAAACUUUGAGUUUUGCAAUAAAAUGAUUUCAAAUUCUCGCUUGCAAAUAACUUUGCUUUAUUUUUAUUUAAAAAAUUCAAUAUAAUAAAAAAGGGAAUCAAUAUUAAAGAUACACUGAAAUUAUAUGCUGUCUUGUUUAGUUGUUUCAUAUUCACAAAGGCCGUCGGGUUUUAAAGCCAUUAUAAAAUCAAUAUUUAAAACAAACUUACCUUUGUUAACGUCGGCUCCCUUCUUUUAGCUGAUUCUUUCGCUCUUUCUUUCUUGAAAUUUACAAAAUCUUGCAGAAAUACGAGCAAAAAUGAAGAAUAUUUGCAAGAAAUUUGUCAAUCAUCAACUCAUCAAAUCAAGAAAUGUCAAAUGUUUGCUAUUUCGCUGUCGUCAUGCAGCCGUUAUAAUGCAAACUUUAAAUUGGACCAAUCAGUGUCCGCUUUUAAUGACAGUCCGCCAUAUUUUUGAGAUCAGUGACGAUGACCACCCAUCGUUGGUGACCGACGCCCGCGCUCAUUGAUGAACUUCAGACUUCCCUAAUGCUUUCGUUUCUCCGGGUGUAAAUAGCCGGGGGGAAUUAGUACCCUCGCACGGCGCUUCGCGCCGCCGGCUCGGGGAUGACAAACGAAGAUAUUUCAUUGGUUAAGGUGGCUCCAUACACUUUUCAUCAUUGGGGGACUGGUACCUAAUCUUCAGUUCUCGCGCGAAAAUGUUAAAAAUAUAUGCAAAAAUAAAUACAACUUUUUCAGUAUAAAAUCCGAACCACAAGUCAUGUUUAUUUUGAUGUUUUGAGUCUUCCUUGUUCUCAUUUGUUCUCAAAGAACAAACUUCGUCCUGAUUUAGCUCUGAACAUUGAAUAACUAGUCUUUUUAGAAGACAUUUUAAGGUAAAAAAAUGCAAUGUUCAACUUUCAAACUCUUGUGAAAACUGGCGAUCGGCCCCGGACCGGCGAAAAGUUUUUUACUCCAAUAUUUGGCGAUUUAUAAGUUCAUAUCCAGAGUUUUUUUGUAGUUACAACUGGUAAAUGUAUUCAAAGUGUUACUAACAGCAAAGGAAUUCAGUGAAACAGCAUCAUGCGCCGGCUCAAACUGUCUUAACUUGUCAACAACAACAUGAAAACACACAAGUUACGACUGAAAACGAAUAUAAAACUAUGUAGAAAAGCCAAAAAGUUCAUACAUGUCACACAUAUCUUAUACCAAACGACCGACAAUCACCUGUUCUCUUGGCGUUAUCCCGAGUUAGCAUGAAAAACCAAAUAUAUUUGCAUUUCUAAGCAAGAAAACACAAUAUAUAUUUGAUAUUUCGACGAGACUAAAAACUUUUUUGUGCGUGUUUUUCUGGAGAUGCGCCUGCGAAAACAUGUACGCGCAUGUCAAUUCAUUGAUCUUGCAGAGUGUGAAAAACUUUGGCCGCGCGGAAUAAAACCGUGAUUAUUUCAAAAACGAGUUCGGUAAGGUACCCUGAAAAUUUGUACAUGAGUAGAUACAUGCUUCAAGAUUUCAUGAUGGAAAAAUAAAAAAAAAUUGUCGACAGAAACUGUCAAAAAAGUCGAAAUUUAAUUCUAAAGAAUUGAGUCGACAGAUUUUUUUUAAACUUCCCAGAAAUGUUUCUCGACACUAACGUAACUGAUUUAUUAAAAAAAAGGUUGGGGUCACCGAACUCAUUUUUUAAAAAAACUCGAAAAACUGCGAUAUUUUCGGCUAUUUAGUGUUGCCAGUAUUCGUUAUAGUUGUCAUGGAAACGCGACUUUUAUCAGAAUUCUUCUUGUCUGUGACACGUCUUACUAUGUGUUACAAUUAUAAGUAAAACUUAACCCUGUAAAAGCAUUUAAACAGAAAAUAUUCAACUUUUGCUCCUUUGGCUAAAAAGUGUAUUGAGCCACCUUAAUUGAUAAUUAGCAUGCAUGCGUUUAAAAUAACAACACAAUAAUUUUAAAUUCAGAGAUUUCCUCCAGAAGGUUUAAAAGACUUAAUAUAUAAUCUAUUGCGUUUAAUUUUGUGCUGCAUCGAAGUUAAGAAAAUCAAGAUAAAAUUCUAGUAUUUGGACACUCAGCGAAGUACAAUGCUGACAAAUAUAUCAAAUACAACAAACUUCGGACGGAAAUUGACAAUUUAUUAUAUAAUUGACAAUUAAAUUGACAAUCUGUUUAUACUGGUCCCGACUCCCCGUAAUAAAGCGUUUUCUUUAAUGUGUUUAACUUCGUCUUACUUGGCCAGUUGAAUAACCAGUUGUGUUCAUAUUUUAGACUUUGUUUUUGUAAACAACUAUACUCCAUAUGUACGCCAAGAACUGAGCUUGUACACCGGACUUGCCGGCUAUGAUCAUCGUUCAGCAUAAAUCACUUUAAAAAGAAACUUAAAGCAAAAUUGAUUGGGGAAUAUUAGUUUUUGUACUUUAUAUUUCUGCUUGCAUAUUAGAGUCUUUAUAUUUUUAUUUGUUAUGUCUAUGUUUGUAUAUCUAUCAUCAUUAUUAUGGUAGAAAUUAUCUAUAUGAUUUAUGAUUGUUAUACUAAUCUGUCAUGCUGGCCAAAAAUAUCAGCAAUAUUUUUAAAUAUUAAAAUAUUUGUUAUUGCAAUGGCUCGUUGUGACUCGUUUAGCUUUUCAGUUAUUUCGGGAAGCCAGCGCUUUUCAAACUUAAUUUUAUUAUACAUAUAUAUAAUGUAUAAUUAUUGCAAUUAUGAAGGGUACUGAAUAAAAUUGUUGUCGUUUGUUGUUGUAAUCAUUUACUGAAUACGCUAAUUAAAUAUUAAUUCCCAGAAUUCAUUACUCUUAUAAAGGUGACAGAUAUGAUGCACAAAGCUCUGUACCAUUACCUCAAAACACGUUUUGAAGGAAGGUAAUAAAAUAUCUAGAUGUUAUAGACAUUGAAAUGGGUUCUCUACGAAUGUGCGUCUUUGUAAUGCUGCAUGCUGUCUUAGAUUCAUGUGCGAGUUUCACCGUUCCACUCCAUAGAUGCAUGCAUCGUAACACCAAAACAAAAAAAGGCAUGUUGAUUGCCGUUCACAACUGAAGAUGGACAGUCGUAGCUAAAGUAUUGUCUAUUCCAACGAGCUUGAAAUUUUUGCAAGAAUGUAUUUGCUUUUAGCGAUUGGCAAACCGCCGCACGCAAUGCUUCUUCAUAUUCCUUUUCAGAACAGACUGCCCUUUUCUGUACCUUCUCAAUGUUAUUACAAUGCUCUUUGGUAAGCUCACUUUGCCACACUCGUGUCCCAUAUUCUAGUAUAGGCCAAUAUAAUUAUAGAGAUAUAGAACCGCUUCAUAUCAGUGUGUACAAAUUAAUAAUAUACGUUCCAUUAUAUGCAUGCAACUCACAUGCCCAUUCAACAUACAUCUACAGACUAAUCAUUCAUCGUUGUGAAUCAGACAUCAGUUUGGCAAAACGAAAACCGCUGAUUGGCCUUGGAUCCAUUGCACCAGAAAGAUUUGGGAAUUCGUUAUCUGUGACGUCUUUUAGAACGCCGAGUCCUCCAAAGACGCAAAGUAGUCUUAAGAACGGUAAGUCUCACGAUGAUAUCUCAAAUGUGGGGUACUGCAGUGGAAUUCUUCGUUACUGCCACCUUAUUAACACGGUCCCCUCUUUAUUAUGGUCCGCAAUUUUUGCUGGGAUUUUCUUCUUCUGGCGGAUGUGCACGUAUCAACAAGUUACUGAAUGGUCUCAUGAGGGUCCAUCAUUGAACUAUAAAUAAACUGGAAGGCUAACUCAGGGGGGGAAAUUGAAGCCAGUGUAUUUUAGUUUUUCUGAGUUAUGAGCAGAAAUACUCAACACUGAACGUUGGGCUAUAUAUCAAAUUGAAGCUAUUGAAAAACGCGAUUUGGUGUAGAAAUUUCAAGACUUUAGCUAAAAGGGAAAUAUUAAAAAACUACAAACAUAAUUACCGAUAAUUUCCCGUUUUGCAGUUGUUUUUGUAUUUUUAAAAUAUUUUUCUUUUGGCUGAAGUCUUGAAAUUUCCACACCGAAUAGCAAUUUUCAAUAGCUUCAAUUUGAUAUAUAGCCCGACGUUUGGGGUCAAGUAUUUCUGCUCAUAACUCAGAAAAACUAUUUUGGCUUCAUCAAAUCAUAGGCCUUCAUCAUAGCAGUUAGCCUUCCAGUUUAUUUAUAGUUCAAUGGGGUACAUACACUCAGUGAACUCUAAGAGAACUGGAACGAUAACUUGGCCGCCAUCUUUGAAGCCACUCAUGAUGGCCGCCAUGUAGGUAUGGAGUGGAAAAUACGCCGCCUAAAAGACGUCUGUUUUCGACCACUAAAUAGCUGUAUUUCAACAAGGAAAAAAGCUAAAAACUUUCAACAAUACCUGAAAUUUAAUACAAAACAUGUUUCCAGAACGUAGAGCAGUUAUAAAGUUCUUUUUUCAGGAGUCAAAGUGCGAAGUUUUUUUCGGCACGUUCAAACUUGUGUAAUAUUUUGAAUAUCAAGCUGUUACCCAGGAAGUUUUUGCUGUUAGUGGAUGUAAAAUACUUAGAACUAUCCAGGAAACCAGGUUUGAAUCUUUAAAGUUGAAGACUUUCGAUAAAAAAGUGCUUUUUCUUGCUGAUUUUCGCUCAAAAACAACCUUUUGACUGAAUUUCCCGCUCCUCGAAACUCUCCCCAGUCCUUUUGAAAGUUAAUUUAUUGCUCGCUGAGCUUGCGAGAAGCGCCAUCUUGGCUUCGGGCAAGUAUGGGCAUGUUUACCUGCAGUUAGCGUUCCAGUGUUAUUACAGUUCACUGCAUACACUCAUUUAUUCAUGACUCGUAUACUCGUUCACAUGCAUCAGAAGAAGAAACAUGCACUAGACAGAGCAGCAAAAAGUACAAAAUUAUGUAAACUGCCCUGGCAAAACGCCACAUCGAUACCAAGAAAUACAUUUCUUUAUAAAUUGGUUCUAUUAACAGGGUUCCACUGUGGUAUUAAACCAUACGAUAAGCAGACCUGGAAAAAAGCUGGAUUUCAGAAACCUGGACAAUACAAGGAGAAUGUUAAGAAAUCAAUACUGUAUUUACUCAUUUGAGGGCCGCGGCGCUCUUUAAAUUUUCAGAGCUUCAGAUGCGGCGCACAUUCGGGGGCGGCGCUCAAUCGGGGGCGGCGCUCUUUAAAAAAUCUUUUAUUUGUGAAUUAUAAAAAGAACUUUUAACAAUAAAAUAAACAAGUUUUAAAAGGUUUUUGUCACUAAAUGUCCCCAUUUUGACGGUGGAAAGUUUUUACACUGUUUAGUGCGGCGCUCAUUCGGGGGUGGCGCUCUUAAAAAAAAUGAUCUCAAAUGCGACACUCAUUCGGGGACGGCGCUCAAUCGAGUGAAUACGGUAUAUCAUGCUUCCUUACUGAUCUGUCAUUUGACACAUUUGAAGGGAAAUAGCAAUAAAAAUAAAGUUUCCCCCAUUUGGAAGGUAGAUUCAGCGUAUAGUUUCAAAACCUUAUUACAGAUUUUCCUUGUUGUUCCUUGAAAAGAAGAUAAACAAUUCAUUUCUAACAGAAUCAUUAUGCAUUUUGCUAUCAUGAAUAUGCAUAUCCUUCGUUGGAUGUGCGUGACGUCACAACCAGGGUAACAUUUUUUGUAUCUUGAGCAAUUCUCGGGGCAUUUUCUCGCAGCCUUUCCAAAAGCUAAAAUGCAAUCUUAAAGGCUGAAAUUGAGUUUCUCGAAAACUACGCUGUCGAUAUUCAAAUAACUUUCAAAAAAGAUUCAAAACUUCAUAACAAUGUAUUUUCUGCAAUAAAAAAGGUAGGUCACUGCGGUUAUUUGUCCGCUAAGACGGUUUUUUUGGUUGAUAUAGGCCAAAUAUAUGGUGACGUCAUGUUGUCAUGGUAACGUAAAGAGUAGCGAUUGUGGGUUAAAAUUGCUCUGUUAUAUAAGAGGAAACAAAGGCUUGUGAAAAAAUUAGUUUUUUUAGAUUCAAAUAGCUUUCAGUUUAAAACACUAACAUAUAUUGGAAACUGUAGGGAGCCUCCUUAAAUGACGACUCUUACUGCAUGGAACUCCGCGCAGACCUAAACAUUAUACAGUAUGAAUAGACCAACACCGCGGAAAAACGUCUGCGCAUGCGUCAACCUUACCUGUAAUAGUAUUGCGAACUUGACGAGAAGCUGUUCCGAAAGUUUCCGAAGGCUCAAAAUGGCGGUAAAAAGGAGUGACUUCAUUGUGUGUCUUUACAGCUAGAUUUCGAGCGCAAAAAUAAACAUGUCAUUCUAAAAACUAGGAAUAAAUACAGCCAGAAGGUUCAAGAAAUUGUAUUAUACAAGAACAUGAACUAAAGGUGAUUGUUGACAAAUUUAUCGUCUGAAACAUUUUGUUUAUCAACUAAGCAACGACAAUUUCCGAAUUUUCGUUUGUGAUACAUUUCUUUAAAAAAAACUGUGUCGCCAAAUAUAGAAAAUUUUCGUGUUCACAAUAAUUAAACUUUAGGAUUUAUUCUACAAUUUGAGUGGGUUAAGAAGCUUAACUUUUCGAGAGUUUUCUUAACUUUUGAGAUUGAAUUUUUGUUUUGAAUAAUUUUGCAAAUAUUUUCGAAGUCGUGUUCGUUAAAAUCAACUAUUUUUACAUGAAUUAUAUUUUAUUCCAUACUUUAAAUGCCAGGACGCUUUCAAUUAAUGACUAAUCUACCUAUUUGCUAUAUUUUCUCGUUUGUUUUACUAAUUUUUGACCAAUUAAUAAGCAUGUUUUUGUUUUAGAAAUUGAUAUUCAAAUUCCCCUCCAUAUUUUCAUAAUUUGGUGCAUGCGCAGACGUUUUUCCGCGGUGUUGAAUAGACCUAGUUUUGAUUUGUUUUGAUUAGUUUAUACAGUACCGGUGUGGUUAGCUUUUCCACGAGCUAAACAAUAGUACAAUCCAUUUAGCAGAAUUUUAAAAUUAUGUUGCAGACGAGGUGAAAGAAGAGUUAGAUGUUAUAUUCAGUUUGCUGAAUGAAAAGAAACAUUUGGUGGUAUUGGACUGCAAGUCAAUUAACUAUCCUUCACAAAUAAGCGAGAGUGCACUCACCCCGAUCGUGGUUUAUAUUAAAAUUAUACCAAAGGUAGGUUCCACAAUUACAGUACAAUCCUCAGAGGAACAUGAAGCAAAAUUUCCAACGAACCGGAGUCACGUAGCCUGCGAGCAGUCUCAUGAUAUCGAUCAAAAUCGAUGUAGGAGUCACGAAGAUGCGCGUGGAAUCGAAUCAACUUUUCCAGCGUCGGAAAAUCAUGAUGGAAAUUUUUCUCGAUAUUAAUUUCAGUUUCUCUGACGAGGGUACUGUAUUAGAACCGAAAACUGCACAUCCUCCCAUGGAUACUGUCUAAGUAGUCGCGAAAUUAUUUGGCGCAUUUAAAAUGGUAAACCUCGCCUCCAAUCCCUGGCUCGAUUGUUUAAUAAGUAGAACGAAGGCAUUCUCGUACCCAGAGCCAUUCUUACGCGCGGUGCGACGAGGGGCUCUGGCCAAAGCACCAAGAGCAUCCAAAUAACAAUUAGUAGGUGUUAAAAAUUUUCCAGUCAAUUUCUUUUUAGGGAAUUGUACACAAAUUAUAAUUUCGGGCUCGUAAUGACCAUUGCCCUUGCCUAUUCACAACAGUCCAGGCUAGAUGGCGGACAACUCUCCGUUUUAUUAUGAUUUUGGUCACAAUAUUUCUAAACAUGCAAGAUUUGAAAAUGCUGUAAAAAUCCGUUACACAUCAGUUCUUCCAAAUAAGGCCGGAAACGAUUUUUUUAUCGCCUUUUCCCUUCAACUGCCGUAUUUUAGAAAAUGUAUUGUUAAUUAAAUUUAAAUUUGUAAAUUAAUGUCACGACAAUAAAAAAAUUACCUUUUCUUACAAUAGAGUACUAACUGGCAGGAAUUUCAUUUUAUUCAAUCAAGUUAACAAAAUUAGUCUCGAAAAGUAUUUUACCACACUUUUGAUGUUGUUGACAAUAUGAUAACCUAACAAAUUCCAUUCAACAUUCUUGCUCUUGUGUGCGCAUUUCAUGUCUGCAUUAAAUUUUUUUAACUCCAGCUAUUUGCGGGGUAUGCAUGAUGUAUGGCGGCUAAAUGUCUUAACUCCACUUCAGUGAACUUGAACAUUUCUUUGAUGAGAAUGGAAUUGGGUCUUUUCUAGGUGGUGGAAAAACUUAUGAAACUCAGAGGACAGAAGGCAUCAAAGAAUUCGAGUACUCAGAUAUUCGCAGCGAAUAAGCUGGUGCAAGCUGAUGCGGUAAAUAUUCUCAUUACUUUAAUCAUAUGAGGGCAGAAUAAAACAUGUGGGCUCCAUAGAAACCAUCACGUUAAAGAGACCCGAGCUACAUGUAUGUCUCAAUUGUAAGACUAAUUUCAUAGUGUAUAUAUAUCAUUACAUAUAACGAAGACACUAUGUUGAAGUAUAGUCUCAAAAUGCUCAAGUAUAUAGUAUCCAAUGGUAUUUCUUCUGAAACUUAAUCUCAACCAGAGUAGUCAUAAAAUUUAUGCCUCAGAAAGUUUUUGUAAUUCCCAUAUACUCGCAAUACAUGCACUCUUUUGAUAAUUACGUCACACAUACGUUUUGGUCUUGGAGCCUCGCUCUCAUUAGUAAAUUACCCAAGGUGAUUGGCUCACGAUUCAUGACAGCGAGGCUCCCACACCAAAUGGCGUAAUUAUUGAAAGGGUGCAUUGCGAAGCAAAAUAUUACUAAGUUUGCACGGAAACAAAUUUUGCUUCAUUGGGAAGACAUUUGAUUUGUGAUACAAUGUCUCGUGGGUGGGAAAACAGGAAAACACGAAGAUAUCAAGUUUUUCAGAUAUUUAUGGGACAGGAUGACCUCUGAAAGUGUUCUGAAUGCAUGACACGAUUUUAAAGCAAGCGUCUGAAAGGCUAGGGCUUUGAGGCAUUCUAUUUCGCUCGUCAAUCGUGAUAGAUAUAAGAUUGCCUAUUUUACGUUAUAUAUAGGACAUGAUGGAUGUGAUACUUGACGAGCCUCGUCUUGAGGAAGCAUGUGAACAUCUCGGAGAUUUUCUAGACCAAUACUGGAGUGAUGUCACUAGAUAUGAUUGAAUCUGAAUUUCUUGGAAAUCUGACUGAACGUUUCCAUGUUUGUCAUGGUGUGAUGAAACGUGUGGUUGGCUAGUUCGACAAUUUGUUGCUAUUGCUGCACAUCAUUUCCAACUAUUGGAUCCAUGCUACAAAUAUAAAAUCCAGACAUACAUAACGUACUGCUGUAAUAUACAUAUUGAACAAUACGCGACAUUACCAAAAUGUCUUUACAAAGAGCACUCUAUUUUUCCUCAGUAAUUAUGCUGAUUUGACAUUACCACGACUGUACCAAAUAUGGUUUCAAAACCCACCAAACUAAAUGUAUAUAAUAGCUGGUAUAUAGUCUCACUUAAUCACCAGUUGUAGUUUGUAAGACUGCGUAGCCUAUAUAUUGAAGCACUGAUGUAACAUAUACCGUUGUAUACUUUGACCACAAGUUGGAAAUAAGAAUCAUGUGAUUAUCACUGCACGAUUGUAAACGUAAAUUAAGUCUUUUGUGGAUUUGUCUUGCAUAUCAACACACCCUUUACUUCAUGUUAUGCCAAGGAAUGUCCAUCGCGUAUAUCAACGCUCUCACAGCAGUUAGCAUAUCUUCAACCGUGGGCAGUAAAUGAUAAACCUAGGACUAUCCUGUUCGUCUAUUAAUUACGUUCUCAUAAUUAUUCCGCUC